CCUCUCUGUCUCUCUCCCCCGCCAACCCCCAUUUCUUUUCCUUCGCCGAGACUGGAAAUGGCCGCCGAGCGGUAAAGAGCCAAACGGGAGCUGUCGCUCAGAGAAGGGAAUUAAACAUUUGAGUGCAUACCAAGAAUUUUAAAUCCAUUUCUUGUCUAGCAGGAUUGCAAGGUAUAAGCUACUAGGGGGAAAAUGGGUCGCUCUAACACUAGAUCACAUUCUUCAAGAUCAAAAUCCAGAUCACAGUCCAGUUCAAGAUCCAGAUCCAGAUCACACUCUAGAAAAAAGAGAUACAGUUCUAGGUCUCGGUCUAGGACAUACUCACGAUCUCGCAGUAGAGAUCGUGUUUAUAAUAGAGAUUACCGCAGAGAUUACAGAAAUAAUAGAGGAAUGAGACGCCCCUAUGGCUAUAGAGGAAGAGGUAGAGGAUAUUAUCCAGGAGGUGGAGGUAGAUAUCACCGUGGAGGUUACAGACCCGUUUGGAAUAGAAGACACUCUCGAAGCCCUAGACGAGGUCGCUCACGUUCUAGAAGUCCAAAGAGAAGGUCAGUCUCUUCCCAGAGAUCUCGGAGCAGGUCUCGCCGAUCCUACAGAUCUUCCAGGUCUCCAAGAUCAUCUUCAUCUCGGUCUUCAUCUCCAUAUAGCAAGUCUCCUGUAUCUUCUAAAAGACGUGGGUCAUCAGAAAAGCAAGCAAAGAAAACGGAGGGAGCUGCUUUACAAGACAGUCCAUUAAAAAAUAAAUCACAAGAGGAGGAGAAAGGUGCAUUUGAACAUGAUGCUUCUGAGGCACUAGAUGAUUUCAGUAAAUCUGCAGCAGCUUCAGGUGAUAUUUGGCCUGGCCUUUCAGCAUAUGAUAACAGUCCAAGGUCUCCCCAUAGUCCUUCUGUUGCUUCCCCACCUAGUCAGAGUUCCUCAUGCUCUGACGCCCACUUACUCAGCACAGUCCAUUCAGCAAAAAACACACCUCAGCACUCGCAUUCCAUUCAGCAUAGUCCUGAGAGGUCUGGGUCUGGCUCCCUUGGAAAUGGCUCUAGUCGCUAUAGCCCUUCCCAGAAUAGCCCACUGCAUCACAUUCCUUCAAGGAGAAGUCCUGCUAAAGCAGUUGCAUCGCAGAAUGCUCCACGUGAGGAAUCUCGAAUACGUUCUUUUUAUCCUGAAGCUGGGGAUCAAGAAAGUACAAAGGGUGCAAAAUUUCUGAAAAGGUACACAGAUGAAGAGUCUAGAGUAUACCUGCUUGAUAGGAGUAAUGCUAGGGAGAAAGAUGGUCAGAAGGAGAGAGGGCUAGAAAAGGAGGACAGAGGGAGAGAGAGAGUGGGAGGACAAGAAGCUUUGGAAUAUUAUAUGGAUAAAGAAUCUGGAAAACAAAAUUUAAUGACUCUGAUGGGGAGGACACGGAGGGAGACUGAAGAUUAUAGGACAGUCAGAAAGUCUGUUUUGGCAGAUCAGGGUAAGGGCUUUGCUGCAUCUCACCGGAAUGCUGAGGAGGAAGGCUCAAAGUAUAAAUCUAAAAUCUCUCUGAAGGCAAACAGAGAAAGUGAAGGAUUUAGAGAAGAUAAAAGUUACAAGCUUAAAGACACAACUAGCUAUGUAGUGGAGAGGCCUAGUGCACUAAAAGAUAAGCACAAGGAAGAUGAGAAAAUAUCUGAGAGAAUGAUGAAGAAAGAAACCCAGUCACCUGAGCAGGUAAAGUCUGAGAAGCUCAAAGAACUCUUUGAUUAUAGUCCUCCCCUGCACAAGAAUUUGGAUGCAAGAGAGAAAUCUACUUUUAGGGAGGAGAGUCCACUUAGGAUCAAAAUGAUAGCCAGUGAUUCUCAUCGACCAGAAGUUAAACUUAAAAUGGCACCUGUACCACUUGAUGAUUCAAACAGACCUGCUUCCUUGACUAAAGACAGGCUGCUUGCUAGUACACUUGUCCAUUCAGUCAAGAAGGAGCAAGAAUUCCGAUCCAUCUUUGACCACAUUAAGCUUCCACAGGCCAGCAAAAGCACAUCAGAGUCAUUUAUUCAGCACAUUGUGUACUUAGUUCAUCACGUCAAAGAACAAUAUUUCAAGUCAGCUGGAAUGACCCUAAGUGAGAGGUUCACUGCUUAUCAGAAUCUACUGAAGAACUAGCACCGGCAAAAGAGUCCUGAAAUACACAGGAGGAUUGACAUCUCUCCAAGUGCCCUGAGGAAGCAUACCCGUUUAGCGGGAGAAGAGAGAGCCUUUAAAGAAGAAACUCAGAAAGUAG